AUGGCCAACAAGCUCCUGGGCUUCGUCCAGCGAAUGAGGGGGAAGAAGGUGGCGUCGGCGGCGAAGGAGGACGACUCGGACGCCGCCUUCCACGGGAAGGUGGUCAGCAUCGGGCUCGUAAAGAGCAAGUACCUGCAGGGCUCCCCACUCCCUUGCACGAACCCCUCGUCCGACUGGAACGCAGCAUCGCAGGGUGGCACAUCGAAGGACACGCCGCUCACGUGGCAAGCCGCCAUCCGCAUCGCCCGCGAAGAGGAGGAGCGCCGCGGGCGGGCGCGCAAGGCCGCCGGUCCUGCCGGCGACGGCGGCGUGGCCGGGAGCACGCGGGCUGCUCGAUCGCUCUUCUGCCUCUCCCUGCAAAACCCCGUGCGCAGGGCGUGCAUCAGCAUCGUGGAGUGGCGGCCGUUCGACGUUCUCAUUCUGCUCACCAUCUUCAGCAACUGCGUGGCGCUCGCCGUGUACGUGCCCUUCCCGGACGAUGACACGAGCUCGACAAACCUGAGCCUGGAGAAGUUGGAGUUUGUCUUCCUGAUCAUCUUCACGGUGGAGGCCGUGUUGAAGGUGGUGGCCGAUGGCCUGGUGUUUCACCCGAAAGCGUAUCUGCGAAACUGCUGGAACCUCCUGGACUUUGUCAUUGUGCUUGUCGGGCUGUUCAGCGCCGUGCUGGAGCAGGUGUCGCGUGCCGGGGUGGUGCCGGGCUCGCACGCCGGGAAGAGCGGCGGCUUCGAUGUGAAGGCGCUGCGAGCGUUCCGUGUGCUGCGCCCCCUGCGUCUCGUGUCCGGCGUGCCCAGCCUCCAGGUGGUGCUCAACUCCAUCAUCAAGGCCAUGGUGCCGCUGCUGCACAUCGGCCUCCUCGUGCUCUUCUUCAUCAUCAUCUACGCCAUCAUCGGCCUGGAGCUCUUCAUGGGCAAGAUGCACAAGACGUGCUACUACACGGGCACAGGGAUGCUGGCCGACGACGAGGAGGUCGUGGCGCCCUGCGCGUUCGCCGGCAGCGGACGGCAGUGCGCGCGGAACGGCACCGAGUGCCGGUCGGACUGGGCGGGCCCCAACGACGGGGUCACCAACUUCGACAGCUUUGGCUUCGCCAUGCUCACCGUGUUCCAGUGCAUCACGCUCGAGGGCUGGACCGACGUGCUCUACUGGGUGAACGACGCGGUGGGCAACGAUUGGCCGUGGAUUUACUUCGUGAACCUCAUCAUCGUGGGGUCGUUCUUCGUACUGAAUCUGGUGCUGGGGGUGCUGAGCGGCGAGUUCUCCAAGGAGCGCGAGAAGGCGAAGGCACGCGGCGACUUCCAGAAACUCCGCGAGAAGCAGAAACUGGAUGGCGACCUGCGCGGUUACCUGGACUGGAUCCGGCAAGCGGAGGACAUCGAGAUGGAGCGAGACGGCGCCUCGAGCGGAAGCAAGUGUUCGAGCGAAGCCUCGGUCCAUUCGGACACCGCCGGGAGCUCCGGAGAGAGGGCGCCCCUGUGGGUCCGCCUCGGGGACGUCAUUUUGAAGUCGCAAAUCAGCCGCUGGUGGCGCCGGUGUAACCGGCUGGGCCGCCGCCGAUGCCGUGCGGUGGUGAGGUCGCCGUCCUUCUUCUGGCUCGUCAUCGUCCUCGUGUUCAUCAACACGCUCUCCAUCGCCUCCGAGCAUCACCAGCAGGCCGCCGCUGAGUCACUGCAGGCAGCCACGUGCAACAGCAGCAGCAGCAGCUACGCUGUUUUUAGAAUCCAUCCAUCCCUCGUGGCGAUGAGGCCUUUCCGUCCGUAUGUCUGUACGUACAUCAGUCCAUCUGAACGUCCCUCCGUCUGUACCUACGUCCGUCCGUUCAUACGUCAAUCUGCACGUCCGUCCGUCUGUCCGUCUGUCCACCUGUACGUGCGUCCGUACAUACGUCCGUCCGCCCGUCUGUCUGUCCCUCUGUCCGUGCGUCUCCGCACGCGCGCAGACCUGGCGAACAAGGUGCUGCUCACGCUCUUCUCGCUGGAGAUGCUCGUGAAGAUGUACGGCCUGGGCCUGCACGUCUACUUCACGUCGCUCUUCAACCGCUUCGACUGCUUCGUGGUGUGCGGCGGCAUCACGGAGGCCGUGCUCGUCGGCCAGGGCCUCGUCACGCCACUCGGCGUCUCCGUGCUGCGCUGCGUGCGUCUGCUGCGCAUCUUCAAGGUCACCAGGUACUGGAACGCCCUCAGCAACCUCGUGGUGUCGCUGCUCAACUCGAUGCGCUCCAUCGCCUCGCUGCUGCUGCUCCUCUUCCUCUUCAUCAUCAUCUUCUCGCUGCUCGGCAUGCAGCUGUUCGGGGGAAAGUUCAACUUCGACUCGACGCAACUCCACCGCAGCUCCUUCGACUCGUUCCCCAUCGCGCUGCUCACCGUCUUCCAGAUCCUCACUGGGGAAGACUGGAACACGGUGAUGUACAACGGGAUCCGCGCCUACGGGGGCCCCUCCUUCCCCGGCAUCCUCGUCUGCGUGUUCUUCAUCAUCCUCUUCAUCUGCGGGAACUACAUCCUGCUCAACGUGUUCCUGGCCAUCGCCGUGGACAACCUGGCGGACGCCGAGAGCCUCACGUCGGCUCAGAAGGAGGCCGAGGAGGAGCGGGAGAGGAAGAAGACGGCGAGGGCGGCGAACGCGGAGAAGCCGAAGAAUGAGCUCGCGGACACGGCGGAGGCGGAGACACAGGGCGGUGCGCUGGAUGCUGCAGCUAAGGCUGCUGGAGCGAGAGUGGAUCCCAGAGGACACGAGCGGGGAUCCUCACAUCCUGAUACGCGCCCCCCAGGCAACGGGACGGGCGACAGCGACGGCGGCGGCGGCGGCGACGGCGGCGGCGACGGCGUGGCGGGGGAAGAGGGGUCGUCUUCGCGACCGCGACCCCGCCGUCUGUCCGAACUCCGCCUGCCCGAGAGGCGGCAGAGCGUGCCGCGCAGCUCCUCCUUCUUCGUCUUCGGCAGCGCCAACCCCGUCCGCGUGUUCUGUUUUCGGGUCGUGAACCGCUUGACCUUCGCCAACUUCAUCCUGGCCGUCAUCAUCCUGAGCAGCCUCGCGCUGGGUGCCGAGGAUCCCAUCCAGCCACACUCGCUGCGCAACCAGAUCCUGGGAUACGCCGAUUACCUCUUCACCGGCAUCUUCACGCUGGAGAUCCUCAUGAAGCUCACAGCGUACGGAGCGUUUCUGCACAAGGGCUCCUUCUGUCGGAGCUGCUUCAACUUGCUGGACUUGCUGGUGGUGGGGGUCUCCCUCCUGUCCUUCGGCAUGCAGUCGAGCACCAUCUCCGUGGUGAAGGUCCUGCGCGUGCUGCGCGUGCUGCGUCCACUCCGCGCCAUCAACCGCGCCAAGGGCCUCAAGCACGUGGUGCAGUGCGUGUUCGUGGCGUUGCGAACCAUCGGGAACAUCCUCCUGGUCACCACGCUGCUCCAGUUCAUCUUCGCGUGCGUCGGCGUGCAGCUCUUCAAGGGGAAGCUGUUCAGCUGCACCGAUCAAUCAAAGCACACCCCAAGCGAGUGCAGGGGCUACUUCGUCGUCGUGCGGGAGCACGCGCCUCCCGUGGCCGUGAGGCGCGAGUGGCAGAACAGCGAGUACAACUUCGACGACGUCCUCUCGGGCAUGCUCACCCUCUUCACCGUGUCCACCUUCGAGGGCUGGCCCGGGCUGCUGUACAAGGCCAUCGACUCUCGGGGAGAGGACUUGGGCCCGGCCCACAACCACCGCCUGGCCGUGUCCAUCUUCUUCAUCGUCUACAUCAUCAUCAUCGCCUUCUUCAUGAUGAACAUCUUCGUGGGCUUCGUCAUCAUCACGUUCCAGGCGCAGGGCGAGCAGGAAUUCGAGAACUGCGAGCUGGACAAGAACCAGCGCAAGUGCGUGGAGUACGCGCUGAAGGCCCGCCCGCUCAAGAGGCAGAUGCCCGCAGGAGCCAGGCAGCGGUGGGUGUGGAGCGUCGUCACCUCCACGCCCUUCGAGUACCUCAUGUUCGUCCUCAUCCUCCUCAACACGCUGUGCCUCGCCUCGCAGCACCACGGACAGAGCAAGGGAUUCAGCCGCUUCAUGGACAUUUGCAACGUGAUCUUCACCGUGCUGUUCGCUCUCGAGAUGCUGCUCAAGCUCAUCGCCUUCCAGCUGAGGGGCUACUUCAGCGACCAGUGGAACACGUUCGACUUCCUCAUCGUCGUGGGCAGCGUCAUCGACGUCGUCGUCAACGAGCAGGAGGACACGGAGGAGCGCCACCGCUUCUCCAUCACGUUCUUCCGCCUCUUCCGGGUGCUGCGCCUCGUCAAGCUGCUGAGCCGCGGGGAGGGAAUCCGCACGCUGCUCUGGACCUUCCUCAAGUCGUUCCAGGCGCUUCCUUACGUCUCACUCCUCAUCGCGAUGCUCUUCUUCAUUUACGCCGUCAUCGGCAUGCAGCUCUUCGGCAGGAUCGCGCUGCAAGACGGAACGCACAUCAACAGGAACAACCACUUCCAGACGUUCCUGCAGUCCAUCCUCCUCCUCUUCAGGUGUGCCACGGGCGAGGCGUGGCAGGAGAUCAUGCUCGCCUGCAUGCCCGGCCAGCGCUGCCACCCGGGGCUCGGCCUCCCACGCCACGAAGCCUACUCCUGCGGCUCCUCCUUCUCCGUCCUCUACUUCGUCAGCUUCUUCAUGCUCUGCGCUUUCCUGAUCAUCAACCUGUUCGUGGCGGUGAUCAUGGACAACUUUGACUAUCUGACGAGGGACUGGUCCAUCCUGGGGCCUCACCACCUGGACGAGUUCAAGCGGUGCUGGGCCGAGUACGACCCCGAGGCCACGGGUCGCAUCAAGCACGUGGACCUGGUGAUGCUGCUGCGUCACAUCCAACCCCCGCUGGGAUUCGGGAAACUCUGUCCCCAACGUGUUGCCUGCAAGAGGCUCGUGAUGAUGAACAUGCCCCUGGGCGGUGACGGCACCGUCAGGUUCAACGCGACGCUGUUCGCGCUCGUUCGGACCUCGCUAAAAAUCAAGACGGAGGGCAACGUGGACCAGGCCAACGAGGAGAUGAGGGCCAUCGUGAAGAAGCUCUGGAAGAGAACCAACGUGGCGCUGCUGGACCAGGUCGUGCCGCCUGCCGGAGAUGACGAGGUGACGGUGGGCAUGUUCUACGCCUCCUUCCUCAUCCAGGACUACUUCCGAAAGUUCAGGCAGCGCAAGGAGCAGGGGACCUUCAGCAACGCCGUCAUGCUGCGCGCCGGGCUGAGGAGUCGUCAGGAGUUGACCCCCACGGUGAAGCGAGCCAUUUCAGGGACGAUCCCGGGAGAAGAUGACCAAGACAGCGCGGACGAGGAGAUGGAGGAGGUUGGGGAUGAGGAGGAGAAAGGCCAGGCUCUAACGAGGGUCACGAGCGACGGGGAUCCGGUGGCGCGCCGGUCUGGCGAGUCCGUGCCUCCAGCCCAGCGGAGGCCGCUGCUGCUGCCGCCGCCGCCACCGGUGGCGCGGGGCCGGGCACCGCGAGACGUGGCGGUGCGCUCGCUGCCUCGCGACGCCGUCCUUCCACGCGGCCCUCGCAGGUCCCGGGCCCGGCGACCCGGGGCCGCCGCCGACGCCACGGUCGCGACCGUGGGUGGCGGCGGUGCCCCCGGCGAAGCCACCGCGCGCGCCGCCGCCGGCGGAGAGAUCCGCGGGGCGGCAGGGACGCGAGCGGGAGCGGUGCCGCCGAGCGACGGAGACGAAGCGGAGAUGACGUACCACCCCACCUGGUCGCUCCGGGUCGCGGCGGCACCGGGCGACCCGUGUCCUGGUCACGUGUAAGGGUGAUGAGUCAGCUGAUGAGUCGAGUUACUUGUGACGUUAUAGGUGUGUGUGUGUUUAACUUCCUUCGCGCCGUACGUAGUCGACCGCGCUAAUCGGAGGUGCGGGGG